AAUCAAAGUACUUUAAUUACAGAACGAUUUACAAAGAGAAACGACCAGCUUUGGGGGAAAACACAAGAAAACUCCAAUUUAACAUCAACACAGUGUCAAAACAUAGUAAGUACGAAAUGAAGACAAUUUUAGAACACAGAAAAAAUGAUUUCGAUUCCAUGAUCACUGACUAAUACAAUAGAAAAAGAAACAGAAAAACACUGCAACAAAGCAAAAAAGAAAACCUCUGGGCAGUUUAAAUGUAUUUUAACGUGACUAAAUUGAAUUAUUCUGGAGCUUACGUUAAAURUGAGUUGAAAGCAUCGUCCCGGCCGACUGUAUAGAGAUGCAAAAACCUCAGAAAAACGAUCAGAUUUCAGCUUUUUGUGAAAUUACAAUUUUUGGUACAAGAUGCAUUUCCGUUUCUCAUGAUAAAUGAUAGUGCAUGUAUUGAUUUGUAGCUAGUAGCUAGAUUAUUGCUAAAACAAUCAGCAGGAAUCAUAUAACUUGCCGUGGAAUGAUUGUAGAACCAUGCUCUAUAGGGAUGGUGCUCAUGUAUUCAGGAUUUCUUGGUGUAUUUGUGUAAGAGUCUUUACAUAAAUCACUCUGACUUAUUCUGAGGUUUUAGACUCAUAUCAAGUUAUCAGUUACUUGUCCUUAGAUAAACGAAUAUCUUCUUUUCUCAGUUAGGACUUUGAAAUAUUGGUAUCAGGUGGCUAUUGACCACUAUUCAAGGAUUAUUAGGUAGGGUGGUAUAGCGUUUUAUACACUUAAACUUAAAUAUAGUAACGAUGUCGAUAAUACAAUACUUUAACUUAACAACAACAAUGAUAAUUACAUCGUCAUUAUUAUUAUAAGGAACAAUUACAUAUAAUUGGUUCAUUGUAAAAUUUUCACUUUCUUGAAACUGCGGAACAUGUGCUAGUGACGCAAUUCGCUACUUCAAUUACCCGUUAUGAUAUCUUUUGUACUUAUAUUUCUAAUGUACAAUUUAUAAACACUUAUAAUUACUUCUCGAUGUAAUUUUGAACUCRAGAAACAUUAGYUACCAGUAAAUUAUGRUUGASAAAGAGCCAUAYCCGGAACGCCAUUUUUGCUGWAAAACAAGUCUAAAUCUGCGAACAUUUUCGCGUUGGAAGAAGACUUCAACUCAAAUCAAAUCUGCGUACUUUUUUAGCCAUAUUACAACUCAUUAWCCAUGCAUUAGUUGUUUCUUUCUAAAAUCUAAAUCAAGGAUAAAAAGCUAAUUAAAAAUUGUUAGGCAGGAAGGCUUUCUGUCAGUAACUUACAGAUUAAACCCAAUGUUGACAACAAACUAGUACAAUCUUCAUUUCCUAAUAUUACAACAUAUUAUCCAUCUCCCUUACAACAAUGAGGAUUAUAAGCUUGAUUUCCUCAACAACUGUCUUAAUUUCAUCGCGAGAUCAGCUUUUAUCAAGCAAAGCCAGUGUUUAGAAACACCUUUUAUACUUAAAUGCGAUUUGGGGCUUUAUGAACGCGACAAGAAGACCAGCUUAGACAUAUUGUUAACUUAGUCUGUCAAAUUUAUGUGCUAUUUAAAAACUAAAGAGGUAACUAGACCAGGCUCUGUAUGCUGGCAAUGGUAAAAAAACAUCRAUCCGGAUUACUUUAUUCUAAAUCCGUAUACUCCAAGAAAAAACUGUGAAAGUCAAAAUUGACCUCCCUCAAAUCCAGUAUAAAGUAACCUGAGUAUAAAGAGAAACAAAUUGCACAUUGCCAAGAAUUACUGUUCUAUUUUCCAAAAUAAAAACAAAAUAAUUGUACAAAAGUGGCUAGUUUUAAGAGCUUAUUACAAGAAAUAGACCUCCCAUCGCUGAGUAUUUCGAAGUUACAUUUGCAACGUGACUUCGUGUUUAAAACAAUUAUUYGAGUAUUAAACAAGGAAUUUUAUAAAGAACACCGCAGCGACAUGCACGAUAUGACACUAAUUCCAUUCAAUGACAUUUUGACGAAAAACGUCUUUGUUUUAGUUCUUCACUAUGCACCAGGCAUAAUAUUUUGACUUAGUAAUAUACAGUGUCUGUCACGAUAGUUAGUAAAAUUAGUGGAUUAUUGCUUUUCGGUGAGCUUUAUCGGUGUUUAAAAACGGGUUCUCGCGGGAGGUCCAAUAUACUUAUAACGACAUUCAAUAUUGUUAAAAUCGCUCAGUUUACAGUUCUGUGGUUAGCAAAGCUGUUGUACAUCUUAAUGUGGCGUCUGCUCUAUUCAAAACCGUUUUUAUUGUGGUAGAAAUGUCGGAACUUCCACAAAUCUGCUGAAAAAUCUAGCUCGCUUCGACUKGGUCCAUGRWGCUCUACUWUGAUUGGUUAGUUUGCAAUCCCAGCAURCUUUUCGUGAUGGGCACUCCCGCUACACAGAUUGUGGUAUGGAGUUCUGGUCAAAAUAGUUCACCAUAUGGUUGUUAGCUGAUCGGGAUUGCCUUUCAACCAGGCAACUCUGUGAAUUGAUUUGGACAAGAAGCUGCAGUACAGUAAGUAAUACAUCUAUUUACAUUGUAAAGUUUUAGCGCCUGGCUCAAGCACAUUGCCGCCUUUCCGCACCAUUCAUGCAACAUGAAUAAAAUGACUUGCGUCGUGUCAAUAGUGAUCACUAUUGGUAUAUGAAGUUAAUUGCAUGUUAUAAAUAAGUCAAAUGUAAACUCGUGUACAUCUGUAGUCGAUGCGUCUGCCGGCCAUGAAUGAAAUCUCUUCCUUCUGGUACCAUUACAAAAUCCUCUCCAAGGCCGAUUUACAAGGUCUGGUCAAAGAGCAGUAAAUCUUUAGUGUUGACCGCUCUUCAAAAUCAACGCUAAAUUCCAGGCAGCAAUGACGAAUUUCACAGAAGUAAACAUAUCCUUGUCCUCGAACCUCUCCAACGUGACGAACACUAGUGGUCCACAAUCCAAAAUGAUUCCAAUGCCGUCACUAGCACAACGAGUUAUAUCAGCAAUCGCCAUGAGUGUACUUAUWAUUCUCUCAAUAUCAGGCAAUUCCCUCGUCAUCGCCUCGUUCUAUUACUAUAAAAAGAUUCGUCGAAGUGUAACAAACUGUUUUAUAGUGUCACUUGCAGUCAGUGAUCUGAUGGUAGCKUUUUUGUCUGAGCCAUUCUGGCUUUCCUAUCAGAUAACACAAUGGACAACGUUUCCUGAAGGUUGGGAUAUUAACACAUUGGUCCUGUUUUGGACCAUCCUUGAUAUAUCGUGCGCGAUAGCGUCGAUUGUGAACCUUUUAUUCAUAUCAAUAGACCGGUACUUUGCUAUCAAGAGUCCUUUAUCACACCACACAAAAAUGACACCGGAGACGUCGGUCUAUAUCAUCUUUGGGUUGUGGUUGUACUCUAUUGGGACUGGGUGCUUAUUCAUACUAGAAUGGCACUGGAAAUUCUUGGUUAUAUUCAUUAUAGGUUUCGUUGUUCCAUUAAUUAUCAUGGUGUUCUGUUAUGUUGGUAUCAUGGUAGUGAUAUCGUCCAAAGCACGUCUCUCGAACCAAGUAGGUUCAACACGUCUAGAUAAAGAGUUCAAAACUGCCAAAAGCUUAGGGGUGGUGACGGGUUCGUUUGUUUUCUGUUGGUUGCCUUUCUUUAUUGUAUCGUUAACGUUCCAAUACUGUGAUUUGUCUUGUCAAAAUACCAUGAGGAGCAUCCCUGCGUUAGCGCCAGCUGUCAAGUGGUUACAUUAUCUUAACAGCUGUCUGAACCCCAUCAUCUACGCCUUCCUAAACCCUACCUUCAAAGUAGCCUUUAGGAAUCUGUUUCGACGCUGCUGUACCAAUCCCAACAACUUCAAUGAUGACAUGACUAUCACUACCAUGAUCUUUCCAAGCAGUCGACGCAGUGCGACGCUAAGAAAGAAGUCUCACGAGGAUGUCGGUAAUGGUAGAAUACCYAACGGUAAACCUAARUCAAGGAUAAAGAGAYUGCUCGGGUUUAAGAAUCCGCCUCAAGAAUCGCUACAGGACUCGAGCUCGGACCACGCCCUGGACAAAAGAGUUCACGAGGAAACCUACAUUGAAAAGGAUCACGAGAUACAACCCUGCCUUGCUACACAACCAAACGGGAAGGAACACACCAACCAUCAACGUCAUGUUCAUUAUGACGACGAGUUUCUUCAGGUUAAUGAAGCAAACCAUAGCAAGGACGCUGAUUCUAAUUCGCUAUUAAGUGAUACAAAUAACAACCCUAGCGAUAACGAGAAUCCGUCCAGCGCUGUUUACAAACCUCUCCUCAAAACUGACGAACUUGAUUCACAGGUGGGUAAUGACACUUCAGAAAUAUCAACCUUUCACGAUCGCGAGCGAAAUCAAUUCUACUUUUACGUAGACGGACAAUACAUCGCUGAAGACGAUUUAAAAACAUCCAUUGUAUAAUGCAUUUGAACGAACAAUCGUGUGCACAUGGAAGACGUGAUCAGAAUCGCCACGUAAACAUAAACGAAAGCGGUUAUCUAAUAUGGAAGAUGCGAUCAUCAUCACCACGUGAUCUUAUCUAAUAUGGAAGAUGUGAUCAACGCUAUACGUGAAAAUGUUGAUGCGAACACUUGGAAUGGAAGGUGUGAUCACUUACAACUAUCAUGUGGUCUCUGAUUGCAACGAUCAAUUGAAUGGAUGCUGAGAAACCCAUCACGUGGUCUUUGAGAACAAAGAUCGACAUUACACUAAAAUAUAUAAGAUUUGAUCAAAACUUACAGUGCAGAUCAAAAUUCGAAAUGAAACAUGUGAUCAAAACUUUUACUGCAGAGCAGAUCAAAAUUAUGGAACAUGCGAUCGAAGCUACCAGACGACCGUUUACUAUGCAGAUCAAAAUUCGAAAUGGAAUAUUUGAUCGAGACAAUCACCAAGUGAUCGAUAAUGAUGAAGUUCAAAAUUGGAAAUGGAAGAUUUCCCAGGGAAUCCCCUGCUAAAUUGAUCAAGCAUGAAUCGAUUUCUCUCACAAYUGUCAGAAGAAUUAUGAUAUAUAUUUAAGGUUAACUUAUAUCCACAGCAAUAGGCAAGGUAUCAAAGACAUAGCGCAUCAUACCAAAUAAGGUGUAAAGCCCCAACCAAUGUUAGGAAGAAAUUCCUCUUUUUUCUUGAGAGGUAGCUAGAGAGUUAGUCAAAGGAACUCUAAAAAAACGGUUGAAGUAAGUUUGACUAUCUGUAAGAAACCCUACCUUAUUUUAAAAUCAUCAGAUCGUAUUUAUUUAGCUUGAAAACCCGUCAAACUUGUAGAUUAGAGUGUUAGGACUAGUUCGAAAUUCGACUUCGCUAGAUAUAAUUACUAGAAGCUUGUCAAUAAACAAAACAACACAAGCACUAUUCUCGUACUUACACCACCUUACCCAAACACUGGGGGGAGUCUAAGAUUACAAAACAUGUUUUGCUAAUACAAGCACUAAAUUAAAGCCAAGGCAGGAUUUUUUUGGUUUACAGAGCUUCUGAGAUCCACCAAGGGAUGUACGAGAAUAGUAUAAUAUGUGGUACUGUUUCGUAGGGUAAGAAAGAUAUAAUGAGAUACUAGUGUUUAAACGCAGGUACUAGUUUUUGAGAAAGGUUAGAAUAUACUGGUGCUCAAUCACAAAAAAAGCGCCGAAAAACGGAGAGUUUUCCUUUCCAACUUAAGUAGUUUAGCUGUCAAACCUAAAGCUGUUUGGAUGUCACGCUCGUCACGCUUCUCAUGCUCAUUAUCGCUGAUAGUGUAUUCGUUUUGUUGUACACAUCUAAGUACUUCAAACUACAUGGACUUAAUAAUAUAACUCAUGGAWGACAAUAAACUGUAAGAUAUUGAA